UUAGCUCGCGUUAAUCAUUUGCAUUUUUGCGCAUGUUGUAUACGCUGAGCUUUGGAAUAACGUAGAUCUAGAUAAUUAGUUUAGUAGUUAAUAGCCAGAUCUAGUAGAUGUAUAAAGUAAAAUUAUCACUGUAAUAUUAUUUAUCUAUAUUUUAAAUCGGUGGGUUAAAAUCUCAUUCUAUCUAGAUCUAGUCUACAGUAGAUGUAUCUAGAGUCUAGAUAUAUAUAAUAAUAUUAGUCGCGAUGUCGUCAUAAUUGACAGUAUUUUUUGAACUUAGUGUAAAAGAGCUUGUGUACAGCUAGGGCACGGCAACGGUGUGUGUGUGUACAGAUAGUCUAGACUAGUAGGGCAUAGGUCAGUGGACUGUUAAGAUCUAGAUUCUAGCACUUAUUAGUCUUAUUCUCUAGGAUUAUCUAGAUUAGACCUAGAGUUAUUAGAUUUAAUUAGAUCUAUAUUAUUAUCUUAUAAUCUAGAUCUAGCAAGUGACGCCACAAUAGUCAACGAUGCCUCUCGAUUUUUAAGAUGAGUUAUACAGGCUUUAAACUUGUUAAAUAUUCAUAUAGACCUAUUUUUGAAUCAGGUCUAUGGAAUAUGUUAAGGUGCUCAGUAAUGACUACAUCAAAGGAAUAUCUCCAAAAGCUUUGGAGAGAAGCUGAUGCUGUUUGUUUUGAUGUAGAUUCCACAGUAAUUAAAGAUGAAGGAUUAGAUGAUCUUGCUAAUUAUUGUGGUGUUGGUCCUCAGGUUGAAGCAAUGACUCUAAAAGCUAUGGGUGGAGGAAUGACAUUCAGAGAAGCAUUAACACAAAGGUUGAACAUUGUUAAACCCACGCGUCAAACAGUUGAAAACUUCAUUGUUGAUCAUCCUUCUACAUUUAGUCCAAAUAUUAAGGAGUUAAUCGCUUUGUUGAAGUCAUUGAACAAACAGGUGUACCUUGUAACUGGAGGCUUUCGUAGUAUCAUCACACCUGUAGCUAAUGAUUUAAAUAUACCUCAGGAACAUCUUUUUGCUAACACAUUACUUUUUAAUGAAGAUGGCAGCUAUGCUGGAUUUGACACAUCAUCCCUUACAUCAGAAUCAGGGGGAAAAGCAAGAGUGGUCCAACACAUUAAGGAUACCUAUAAAGUGAAGACAGUUGUAUUUGUUGGUGAUGGAGCAACAGACAUGGAGGCAUGCCCUCCUUCUGAUGGAUUCAUUGGUUAUGGAGGCAAUGUUGUGAGAGCUGCUGUCAAGAAGAAUGCUGCUUGGUUUGUGACAGACUUUCAAGAGUUGAUUGACCAGUUAACAAAAACAACUAAUGAGAUCCACAAAAGUUAACGUCUGUGUCCAUCACCUAGUGAUUGAGAUCAUCAGCCACAUUCCACUUACAACUUUAUUGGGAUUAAAAAUAGAUUCAAGGUUGUACUUUAUACAGUCUCCUUUUAACAUUGUUUGUUUAUUGUAUAGUGGAACAUGAUUUUUUUUUAAAGUUGGAUGCAGUUUUAUUUUAUAUUAGUUUUUAAAAGCCUUUGUGAUAAAGACCAUUAAUAAAAUUUUAGAUUAUGUUAUUUAUGAGGAAUAUUAUAGUUGGCAAUAGUUAACUAAGCAAAAACAUAAUUGUCAUUUAUGAGCUAAACUGACAAAUAUUCUUCUAGUUAAAACUGUCAUGCACAGUUGUUGCGAAGAAAAAUUAUGUUGUGUUAAGACAUCCAUCCAUUGACUAUAGGGAAACUAUAUUUUUCCCAAUGCAUAAUAUGAGCAGUCAUACCAAUUCUUUAUGUUGUUCAUAUUUAUUCCUAUGAAAUUUAACAUUGAUAUUAAGUAGCUGAUUAGUUUAAGCUGAAGAUGAAGAUCUUGGCGUUUUUAUUGAUAGUCUUAUUAAGGUGGUUUCUUUUCAUUGGUCCUGAGAUAGCAAUAAAAACAAAAUGGUCUUAGAAGUAAUCACUGAUCACAUACUAAAUGUAUUACCUCAUCACAAACCUGGUUCUAACAUGUUUUGUGUGUGUGUGUGUGUUUAUUGCUAUGGGGGAGGGGGAAAUGGGUUUUUACAUUUUUACACAAUGAAAUUUUGUAAUGCCCUAUGACCUUUCUGUCCAUCAUUAAAUUAGUAUAAAUUGUUAAAAGUUGCUCAAUAUUUUUAUCAUUUUUUAUUCAUUUGUUGUUAUGGUUUGUCAACCCACAAAGAUAUUUUUUGACUUGUUUAAACACUCUAUUCCCCUGUAUCACUAACAGAGUUAAGAGUCAAAUUUUUCAUUGACAAAUGGUCAUGUGGUAAAAUGUAAAAAAUACAUAAAAUUACUUUAAAAUAGGUUGUUUUUUUUUUUUAUGUCCUUUUUAUUUUGUGAUGAAACAGAGAAUCUAACAAUUUGUUCUUUUUUGUCAGUGUUUUUCACAAACUAUUUAUUGAUGAUUUAUCUAGGAUAGGAUUAAUUGCUAUCAAAAAUUAUAUUAAAAAUUGUAUAUUUAAGUUGUUUUUUAUCUGUCUGUGUUUAGAAUAUAUGUGUAAAUCACUGACUAAAGAAUUUUUAGUUGUACACAGUUUACCUGGGAGUCAAGAAUUUACGUAGCCUGGCAUAGCCUUAGUUUUUUUCAAUGUUCUCAUUAAGUAAAGCAUGUAGUUUAAGGCUCAACACUCGGUCUGGAAAGACAAACUUUAUUUACUGGAUCACAAAUUAGAUAGGUACAUAUGGCUAGUGAUGCGCAUCUAGAUACGGUAGCUUGAAAAAAAAAUCAUAAAAAGACAGAAUGGACAAUGCUAGCUCACCAACUGGUUUUUUCAUAUUAUUUGGAGAAUACAAGGUUUUUUUUCAUUGUGGAGAACAUAAAAUCCCUUGGGCUUUUUUUUUUCAUUUAAUUGAUCUGACCUUGUGUAGUGCUUAUUAUAGUAUAAUAAUAAUUAUAAUUGUUUUCAAGAUGUAUUGUAUUCUACACAUUUAGCUAGUAAUAGAAAUUCUCUGCUUGGUGUAUGUUCAACAGGAAAUCCACUGAAUUUAUAUACAUAUUAAUCAAAUAUAUUUUCAAUGUAAACAAAAUGAGAAUCUCCUGCAUCAUUGUUGUAUUCGUUGACUUAAUGUAUCUUGGACAAAAAAACAAAGAUAUUUAUGUCAUCUCUAAUGUUAUUCUCCAACUGAACUCAAGCUCUAGCAUCUUGUCAAUUAGGUUUCAGCUUGGGCUCUUUGGCUACAAAUAGCUACUUGUAGUAUAAAGUCUUAUCCUUUUAUUUUCAUACAAGUUCUAGCCUAACUUUGGUGUUGGUGUUUCAAUAACACUUUAAAUGGUUGUGUAUCCGGUAUUAAAUACAAUUUUCUUCCAUGAAGUAUUAAUAUGAAAGCAAUGCUUUAUUCUGGAUCUUUAGUGUAUAUUGAAUUUAUAUUAAUCUAUUGUUUAAUCUAAUACAUGUGUUGUAUCUAACAUAUAACUUGAAGUAACACUUGGUGUUGUCCUCUGCUUCAUGGUGUAGAAAUACUUCUCUUACUAUGCAUUUUCAACAAUUAUUUACAACUGCCUAGUUAUAUCAUGCAUUAUCUAUCAUGUAUAGUGUACUAUAUUAGUACAUUGACGUUAGUAUGUUUUGAUUUCUACUUGUAUAAAUGUCAGUGUAUCCUAUGUUUUUGUUUGCUGGGAUUUGUCUUCAUAAACAAUUUUUUUUUCACACUACUUCAGGAAGUGUAGCCUUGGGGUUUAGUUUCUUUGAGAACUUGUUUUAAGCUCAACAAACAUUCAUUGUUUUGUGAUUCUUACAUGUACAUAAAGCAGCAGCCUAUUUCAAACAUGUUACUUGAAUACUAGUUGGUUGUUCUUUAUAUUUUUUAGAACUUUAGAUAAAAUAGAAAAAAACAGUAUAAAAUACAUUUUAACCUUAACACAAUAAAACAAAUUUUCUUAAACAGA